AUGUCCCUCGCGAGCCCCCCACGCGCUCUAGCGAGCUGGCCGCUGCUACGGCUCGCGCCUGCGCUGGAUUCUGAGGACGAGGAAUUCGCUCUCCCGCUGCUCAGUCGCUCUCCCGCUGCCCAGUUGCUCUCCCACUGCCAUGUCAUCUCCCCCGACUUCGCGCGCCACAUCCGCGGCACGCAACGCGAGAAGGACACGGUGUCGUGCACGCGCCAGAGCUCGCGCGCUGCCCACCCGGCUCGCCCACCGUGCAGCACGAUCUGGUGCCAGGCAAUUUGCAAAGGCCCCGCGUGGAAAAAGCCACCAGGCGCGUGGCGCGCGGAGACGGUCCACGUCUCCCUAGCUACAUCGCCAAUCAAUCGAGGGCUUGCCCCCGGUACUUGCGUUGCCGGCGCGCGGGGAUCUGAAUGGCCUGCAUGUUCGCAGCCGCAGCGCUGUGCAGCCGGAGCCAGCCAAGACGAGAAGCUCGCCAGUCGCGGACACCCCCGCCGCAGAAUGCGCUACAGAACACGCUACGUGUGUGUAUUUGUUCGGAACCCUGCAGCAGGAGACAGUCAAGGACGCACGGCAAGCAUGACCGCCUGCCUCUUCCGAGAUCGCUCGCACGCCAACAUGGUGCCAGAUCGCGCAGAGACAGAUAGAUACAAGCAAGUAGGAGCUGCGUGGAUCAGUCGCGACAGCCGACCUUGUGUCGGGCUGCGGGCUGACAUGGGCACAGCGGGCGCGGGCGGCGGACCAACAGACUGGAUGCAAGUCCUCACGGAGGACGACGGUCAGACACAGAGCGAGAGAGAGAAGACCGGCUGCAUGGGACGGGAGUACAGCACGAGCGAAGCGGUAGCUGUACACGGACAGAUCAGCGGGACAAACAAAACAGGACCGGCAGCUUUGACAAUUCCAUGUCGCAUCUUCCAAGAAGUCAUAAAUUAUUGUCAUGGUGAAAUGAUUGGGAUUACAUACUUCCCGUGUGAAUUUCUCACCGCUGCUUAUUGUCUGGCCGACGCCGUGAUGGGUGUUAUGUGUUGUAAUCUUUCUAUUUCUGUCCUUGAUUCCUCUCAUCACCAGCCUCCGAAUGCGUGUAACUGGCCAUUGUGGUGCCCCGCCCCGCUGCAAACUUGCUCGCUGACCGGGUUUGGCCAGUAUUGGUCGUCGUUAGCGCGCGUGGGAGACGGCUGGACGACACGCUUGUGCGCGGGUGAAAUGUCACCUUGA